AUGGCAGCGACAAAGAUUUCAGAUAUAUCAUGGCAUCAUGAUUUUCCACCAUUUUUUACCCUUCAACCAAAUCUCGAUACACGUCGUAAACAACUUGAUGCUUGGUGUUCACUUGUCCUUGACUAUUGUCGUUUGAAAAAAGUUUGUACAUUUGAUGUAAAUGAUGCUAGUAAAUUCCCACCAUUUUUCAAUGCAAAAAUCAAUCGUCAAUUAGAUAACAAUUUUAUACAAGUAUUACUUGAAGAAUUACGUAGUCGAGGUAAUAUUGAAUGGGAAGAUAAACAUAAACGACGUUGUUUAGUCCUUUGGAAAUCACCUGAAGAAUGGGCAAAAACAAUUUAUCAAUGGAUAACAGCACAUGGUAUGAAUGGAACAGUUUGUACUUUUUAUGAACUCUUACAUGGUGAUGAUACACGUUCAGCUGAAUUUCAUAAUAUUGAUCCACAUCUUUUUCGUCGUGUUCUUAUGGAACUUGAAAAACGUGGUCAAGCUACUGUAUUUUCCGAUAAUGGCGCUGAUGGUGUUAAAUUUUCCUAG